GGCGGAGGUCCCCUGAUCCGACUCAUCUCGGCAACAUGGACCGAAUGACCAGCUCUAUGAAGCAGGUGCCCAACCCACUGCCUAAGGUGCUGAGCCGGCGUGGGGUCGGCGCAGGACUGGAGGCGGCAGAGCGGGAGAGCUUUGAGCGGACCCAGACUGUCAGCAUCAAUAAGGCCAUUAACAUGCAGGAAGUGGCUGUGAAGGAAAAACACGCCAGAACAUGCAUACUGGGCACCCACCACGAGAAAGGAGCGCAGACUUUCUGGACUGUUGUCAACCGACUGCCUCUCUCUAGCAAUGCUGUGCUCUGCUGGAAGUUUUGCCACGUGUUCCACAAACUCCUCCGAGACGGACACCCAAACGUCCUGAAGGACUCUCUGAGAUACAAAAAUGAAUUGAGUGAUAUGAGCAGGAUGUGGGGACACCUGAGUGAGGGGUAUGGGCAGCUCAGUAGCGUCUACCUCAAACUGCUGAGAACGAAGAUGGAAUACCACACCAAAAAUCCGAGGUUCCCAGGCAACCUCCAGAUGAGUGACCGGCAGCUGGAUGAGGCAGGAGAAAACGAUGUCAAUAACUUCUUCCAGCUAACAGUGGAGAUGUUUGACUACCUGGAGUGUGAGCUAAACCUCUUCCAAACCGUGUUCAACUCCUUGGACAUGUCCCGCUCCGUGUCAGUAACGACAGCUGGACAGUGCCGCCUCGCCCCACUGAUCCAGGUCAUACUAGACAGCAGCCACCUCUACGAUUACGCCGUCAAGCUUCUCUUCAAACUCCACUCCUGUCUCCCAGCCGACACCUUGCAAGGCCACCGGGACCGCUUCAUGGAGCAGUUCACAAAAUUGAAAGAUCUGUUCUACCGCUCCAGCAAUCUACAAUACUUCAAACGGCUCAUCCAGAUCCCUCAGCUGCCCGAGAACCCACCCAACUUCCUGCGAGCCUCAGCACUCUCAGAACACAUCAGCCCUGUGGUGGUAAUCCCAGCGGAGGCCUCAUCCCCAGACAGUGAGCCUGUUUUGGAAAAGGAUGAUCUCAUGGACAUGGAUGCCUCUCAGCCGAAUUUAUUUGACAACAAGUUUGAUGACAUCUUUGGCAGCUCUUUCAGCAGCGACCCCUUCAUUUUCAACAGUCAGAACGGUGUCAACAAGGAUGAGAAAGAUCACUUAAUUGAGCAACUAUACAGAGAGAUCGGUGGGCUGAAGGCACAGCUGGAAAACAUGAAGACUGAGAGCCAGCGGGCGGUGCUGCAGCUGAAGGGUCGCAUCCGUGAGCUGGAAGCCGAGCUGACUGAGCAGCGGCACUUGCGGCAGCAGGCGGCCGAUGACAGUGAGUUCCUCCGGGCGGAGCUAGACGAGCUCAAGAAGACGCGAGAAGACACAGAGAAGGCUCAGCGGAGCCUGACAGAGAUAGAAAGGAAAGCCCAAACCAACGAACAGCGGUACAGCAAGCUAAAGGAGAAAUACAGCGAGCUGGUUCAGAACCAUGCCGAUCUACUGCGCAAGAACGCAGAGGUGACCAAACAGGUGUCAGUGGCCAGGCAAGCACAAGUGGAUUUGGAGCGAGAGAAAAAAGAGCUGGAGGAUUCUUUCCAGCGAGUGUGUGAGCAGGCCCAGCGGAAGACUCAAGAACAGGUGGAGGUUCUAGAGAGCUUGAAGCAAGAACUUACCACCAACAAACAGGAGCUCCAGGUCCUCCAAGGCAACCUGGAAACAUCAGCCCAGUCAGAAGCAGACUGGGCUGCCCAGGUCAGCAAGCUGCAGAAGGAGCGAGACAGCCUAGUGAGCGCAGCAGCACAGUGCGACGAGCAAGUAUCUGCUCUUCGGGAGCAGCUGGAACAAACCCAGCUCAAACUCUCCAGCACCCAGGAGUCUGUGGAGCAACUGGCCAAGGAGCAACGGAGAGUGCUCCUCAUGGAGUCCAGGAAGGCGGCGGAGCAGGUGGUACACGAAGCCCUGAGCCAGCUGGAGGAGCCCUCACUCAUCAGCUGCGCAGGCUCGGCAGAUCACCUUCUCUCCAGGAUCAAGUCUGUUUUCAGCUGCAUUGAGCAACUAGAAAAAAGUCGGAGCCAGCAACCAGGCUGCCUAGAAGACACCAGUAAGAUGCUGCAGUCGGUCACCCUCCUUGGCCACUUGACCGGUGACACCAUUCUUCAAGGUAGUGCCACCUGCCUUCGAGCCCUGCCAGAGCCCGCUGACUCACUGAGCGAGACCUGUAAGCAGUAUGGCAGGGAGACGCUCCUCUACCUGGCUUCCCUGGAGGGAGACGACAGUUUGGAGAAGGCCGACAGCACAGCCCUGAGGAACUGCCUUAGCAAGAUGGCUGCCAUCGGAGAGGAGCUGUUGCCCAGAGGCCUGGACAUCAAACAGGAGGAGCUGGGAGACCUGGUGGACAAGGAGAUGGCUGCUACGUCUGCGGCUAUUGAGAGUGCCACAGCCCGGAUUGAGGAGAUGCUCAGCAAAUCUCGGGCAGGAGACACAGGAGUCAAAUUGGAGGUGAAUGAAAGGAUCCUUGGGUCCUGCACGGGUCUAAUGCAGGCUAUUCAGGUCCUGAUUAUAGCUUCCAAGGACCUCCAGAGAGAGAUUGUGGAAAGCGGUCGGGGUACGGCAUCCCCUAAAGAGUUUUAUGCCAAGAACUCGCGCUGGACUGAAGGACUCAUAUCUGCCUCCAAAGCAGUGGGCUGGGGGGCCACCAUUAUGGUGGAUGCUGCAGACCUGGUGGUACAAGGCAGAGGGAAAUUUGAGGAGCUCAUGGUGUGUUCCCAUGAAAUUGCUGCUAGCACAGCUCAACUUGUGGCUGCAUCCAAGGUGAAAGCUGAUAAGGACAGCCCCAACCUCGCACAGCUCCAACAGGCCUCUCGGGGGGUAAACCAGGCCACUGCUGGAGUCGUGGCCUCAACCAUUUCUGGCAAAUCACAGAUCGAGGAGACAGACAAUAUGGACUUCUCAAGUCUGACACUGACCCAGAUCAAACGCCAAGAGAUGGAUUCCCAGGUUAGGGUGCUGGAGCUAGAAACGAAAUUGCAGAAGGAGCGUCAAAAACUGGGAGAGCUCCGAAAAAAGCAUUAUGAACUGGCCGGUGUUGCGGAAGGCUGGGAAGAAGGAACAGAAGUGUCACCCCCGCCACUGCAAGAAGCGGUCGCCGAGAAAGAAUAG